AUGUUCAAUAAUGGAUGUUUUCACACUAUCCAACAUGUUAACAACACCUUCGAGUGGUAUAUAAGGGAUGAAAUUUUCUGCUACACUCACAUCACCCAUCAACGGCUGUACAAGAACUAUAUGAUGGGUCACUAUAUUGCGUAUCUCGUCUUAUGGACAACUUUCACUAAUUUAAGUUUGGGCGCCAUCUUCACCGAACGGGAAAUGCAACACAUGGCCGGAAAAUUUUGCGGCGACCACUUAGCCGAUAUGUUGUCUCUUGUAUGCGGAGGACUGUAUAACCACAAAGGGAAGAGGACGAUGUUUUCGAAUAAAAUUGAGAACAACGACGACUACGACGAUACCGAUUCCUUGGGGUACUUCGACGACUCUCUAAUGGCGUUUCCUUUCCGGUCGAAAGAGAGAGCCAAGUCAUUAAUAAAUUUCCAGUAUCAAAAACGCAAGGGUGAUAAAAAGGGUGUCGUGGACGAAUGUUGCCAUAAAUCCUGCUCGCUGUUGGAAAUGAGGGGCUAUUGUGCGAACUGAAAAAUUUUGGUUAACGCACAUGUUUACGAGUACGCAGAAAUAGUGAUUUAAUUAUAAUGUUUUUGUAUACAAUCUGAAAUAAACAGUUGAGUAAUAGGUC